AUGCUCUCUCUCUUCGCCGGCUCACGGAUAGGCUUCAUGGAGAAGUUUGCAGUCUUGACGGUGAAUGCCUCUAGCAUUGAUGCAAAUGCCUUUCUUCAUCAUCACGUGGAAAAGAGUGACGUCGCUGAAAGCAAGGACACGCUCGAGGCAGGUGUGGGCCAGCCGAAUCUUGCACAGCGCAUCGCAGUACUCCCUGGAUUGACCGAAGCGGUCAACAGCAAAGAUGAUGCCAUCGACAACGCCAUUCAGACAGGACUUCAUGACCUUGCAAGUGCCUUAGGACUACGAGACUUCUAUUCUGUGCACCUUCUGAAUUAUUGUGACGGCGAUUUCGUCCCAAGCCCCGUACCCGAUGAGACGAUGUCACGGAAGGAUAUAAGUAAAGACGUCAUAGCGUGUUCGAAAAUGACAACUAGGGGUCCCUUCGACCUGCAGUCCAGCAUGGUCCAGCAGUCAGGCGACAUGAGCCACCACGCGAUCGCACGCCUACUGUCGUUGUAUCAUAUUGCGUCUUUGUCGCUGCAAGUCUAUCAGCGGAUCAUGAUAGGGCUAUACUGCGCAGCCGUCGGAUCGUUGCUGUUGACCAUCGCUCUGACCGUUGCGAACGUCUUGUGUUGUACCUUUGGCAUCGGAGGUAUCGCAGUUUUUGCAGGAAGGUGGCUAUCUACGGUCAUAUUGUUGUUUGCGGCUUCAAUGGCUACAUGUGAGGCGGUCCAACUCAGCGAUGCCAUCAACAGCUAUGGCCAAUCUGUCGGUCUCAUCGCGACUAUUGGCGGAAGUUUCCUGACGCUCGCAUGGACGGGAUGGUUCGCACUACUGUCAGCCAACGUCUUGCAAUGUUUUACGUAG